AUGGUACAUGAACCUGCAGUUCUCAUCGAGGGAGUGCUGUUCCGUGCUCGAUACCUUGGUUCAACGCAAAUGAUGUGCGAAAGCAGAGGAAGCAAGGCGGCCAGAAUGGCACAGGCUCAAGAAGCUGUUGCCAGAGUUAAGGCCCCAGAGGGUGAAAUACAGCCUAGCACGGAAAUUGAUUUGUUUAUCUCAACGGAGAAAAUUAUGGUGCUGAACACCGAUUUACAGGAUAUCUUGAUGGAUCAUGCUUUGCGUACAAUAUCUUAUAUCGCUGAUAUUGGCGAUUUGGUCGUGUUGAUGGCUAGAAGAAUGUCUGCUAGUAGCAGUGACGAGCACUGCAACCAGUUAGUUUUGCUUUAG